UUUUAAUAUCCAAAACUUAUGUAGUUCGGUUUAGUUUUACUGUUUGCUUUGAUGUAUUAAAAGUUCAAGUGCAUAGCUUUAGGAUGAAAUAUGUAAUUCAACUCUUGCGCAGUUCGGUAAUAUUGAUUUUCCUAUUACUUUUUUAUAUUCACACGAAUUCAGUUAAGCUGUUAACUUAAUGAAGUUUUUAAUACAGUUAAACUCAGAGAAAAUAACUGUUUAAUAUACAUAUGUGAACGUGAUUUAUUUUUCCAUAUUUAUUAUAACAUAAAAUAUCAAAGAUACUCUAUAAAGCGAGCAUGUCUCAUAAUCCUUGUUUCGAACUAAAUGAAAUCCGGAUUUUGGAUAAAAUUUUAAGGCAAUGUGAAUAUUAUAUAUCAAAUAAUGGCAUGCAGCAAGCACCACAAACUCGUAGUAAAAAAGUGUGCCUCAAGGCAAAUAAUUUCAAUGAAUUACUGUUGAAUAAUAACUUAAACAAAUUUGUGGAAAAAGAGCUAUUUUCAUUUAUGUGUAAGCUCAGGAAAAUGGACAAGAAAACCAUUUUUGUUUCGGAUAUACUAAUUAAUUCCGGAAUAUUUACGGAAGGUUAUGACUACAAUAAGUAUUCAUUAAAUACUAAAAAUCAUAUAAAUGUGAAUCGAUUUAUUUAUCACAAAAUUGCCCGAACAGAUGAAAGUGAAAAUAUAACAUAUAAAAAAAUUAAAAGUAAAUUAGGUGAACAACAAUCUGACAAGUUUAUAUAUGAAACCACCAAUUGUAUGGUUGCUGAGAAUAUUAGCAAAAGUAAAAAACACUUUUCGUCAUUAAAUAAGAAUAAUAGCGAUGAUACGAACAGCGGAAACCAAUGGAACGUCUAUGACGGAAACUGUAUGAAAUGUGAAGAGAAAAACAUACAUGCAUCCGUGGCACCAAUCGAAAAAGAUAAACUACACAAAAACAACACUUUUUAUGGAAAUGAUUUAACGUGCAACAAACGAAAAGAUAGAAUACAUAGUCAAGCAAAUGUUUUUGAGAAGACUGUAUCAUAUGACAGCGUUCGAUCAAAAAUAUCAUCUCAAAACUUUAUAAAGAAAAAAAUUCCCCAGAGGCUUUCAAAAGAACAUACCGAUGACAUUCCCGACAAAGAACCUUUACUUGGGCCAAAGCCACUGAAAUUGCCAGAUUCAGUGGAGGCUGUCUUGUCAUUAGGUUCAACAAUCUUACCGGAUAAAAAGAUUGACAACACAGAAUAUCACAAAUGGACCAUAUUACACUAUUCACCAUUCAAAGCCGUUUGGGAUUGGAUAAUAUUGAUACUUGUGAUAUAUACAGCAAUAUUCACACCAUAUGUGGCUGCAUUUUUGCUUGGAGAGCCAGAUUAUCAACGACGAACAAACAAAUAUAUUAACAGUGAUCCACUUGUUAUUGUAGAUUUAAUUGUUGAUGUUACUUUUGUAAUUGACAUAAUCAUAAAUUUUCGAACUACAUUCAUUGAUGGACAAGACGAAGUCGUCUCGCAUCCCGGACGUAUUGCGGUUCACUAUUUAAGUGGAUGGUUUCUAAUUGACUUAGUAGCUGCAAUUCCCUUCGAUUUACUGCUAGUUGGAAGUGAUACAGACGAGCUCGGCUUGGAUAAUGAAGAGACAACCACUCUAAUUGGAUUGCUCAAGACUGCCCGACUACUCCGGCUCGUGAGGGUAGCGAGGAAAAUAGAUAGAUACUCAGAAUAUGGUGCCGCUGUAUUGGUUCUGCUCAUGGCAACUUUUGUACUGAUCGCCCACUGGCUGGCUUGUAUUUGGUAUGCUAUAGGAAAUGCGGAGAGAACUCUGUUAACAAAAAACAUUGGCUGGCUGCAUUCAUUAGGAAAUGACAUUCAAGAGCCAUACUUUGAUAAUAAUACUGGUGGACCGACAAUUAAGUCUAGGUAUAUUACUGCGCUCUAUUUUACAUUUACAUCGUUAACCUCUGUUGGAUUUGGUAAUGUUGCUCCAAAUACUGACGCUGAGAAAGUUUUUACAAUAUGUGUAAUGCUUGUGGGCUCUCUUAUGUAUGCGAGCAUAUUUGGAAAUGUUUCUGCAAUAAUACAAAGACUUUACUCGGGUACUGCCAGGUAUCAUACACAAAUGUUGAGGGUGCGUGAAUUUAUUAGAUUUCAUCAGAUUCCAAAUCCACUUAGACAGCGAUUAGAGGAGUAUUUUCAGCACGCUUGGUCUUAUACGAAUGGCAUCGACAUGAAUUCAGUUCUAAAGGGGUUUCCAGAAUGUCUUCAAGCCGAUAUUUGUUUGCACUUAAAUAGAAAACUGCUAACAACGUGCUCGGCUUUUGCGGGAGCCAGCCCCGGUUGUCUGAGAGCUCUCUCUCUAAAAUUUAAAACUACUCAUGCACCUCCUGGAGACGUUUUAGUACACAAAGGAGACGUUUUAACUUCAUUAUUUUUCAUAGCAAGGGGUUCAAUAGAGAUACAAAGGGAUAACAGCACCGUCGUAAUUUUAGGUAAAGACGACAUUUUUGGAGAAAAUCCCUGCAACUAUGCAACCAUAGGAAAAUCGAAUGGCAAUGUCCGUGCUCUAACGUACUGUGAUAUCCAUAAAAUUCACAGAGAUGAUCUCUUAGAUAUAUUAGAUUUAUAUCCAGAAUUUUCAGAAAGUUUUGCCAAUAAUCUUGUUUUAACAUAUAAUAUGCGGGAUGACUUUCAAGCUGGAGUCGAAGUAAAACACAGAUAUUUAAGAGCAAAAUCUUUAGACAGAGAAAGAAGUACCAGUGAUAUAACAUCUAUACGAAUUUUUGGUAUUCAUCAAAAGAAUAAAUCAAAAGGAAAUUCCGCUCCAACAAAGGUUCAAAAUAAAGAAGCACUAAAUGAUGGGAAGGAUCCUUCAAAUUACCAGUUUGAUAUUCAAAACAAAGAUGAUAUUGAAAACAUGCAGGCAAUAUAUAAAAAUACAAAACAUAGACCAGCUUCUCUUAAUCGACAUAACUUAUCAAAAAGUAAUCUUCAAGAAAAUAGUAAAAACCACAAAAUUAAAUAUAUAAAUGAAAUGAACUUAUCCACAUUUGAAAAGCAAAAACAAAGAGCCACUUGGCUUCGUCAACACAAAUUAAUCAAUAGCACAGCGCAAGAAAAGGUCUUGCAAGAUGCCUCACUAUAUUUAGAUCAGCAAAGAACUGCUGUCCACACAAGAGACUCUGUGAAAUGCAACGUAUUUUCUGAAAAAGCCUUACCUACUCCAAACGCAACCAUAGCAACUACGGAGUCAUGGGAUGAACUUGACAGUGUAUGAUUGACUGUAAUUGUUUCGCAAAUUUUAGAUAAAAAAAUUUAUAAAUAAUACCACAUUGAAGUGAAAAGGAAAUAUUAAAAUGCCAUGCACAUGCGAAAA